AUGGUGAAUCCUAAUAGAAAUCCCUUCACCAUCUUCACCACAAAUUUCGAACUCUGUGCCCUCUUUAAACAAAUAAUUGAUGCCGAUGUACCCCUUACCCGUGAAUCUGAGGACCGUGUUCUGUCUUCUAUUAUUCACCAUCCGAAUAUCAUUGCUGAUCUAACUGCUAAAGAAACCCGGCAACUUCGCUCUCUUGCCCGAAAUAUCACUGUUGAGCCUUGGCCCAUCCCUCCGGACAAUGAACACAGUGGAUUCGCUUCACCUUCGCCGGCCAAGUCCCACAAAGAUCAUCCUUCCUCCACUCAACCUAUCGGUAUGUCAUUCUUACCUGUCUCUCGGAAACUUAAUGUAUCUCUCAACAUUCCAGAACAAUUUUCUACAUCACUGGCGCCUAAAAAUAUUUAUUCACUCCCUAUACCCGGUGACCCAUAUGAUCCAGCCACUCAUGGUUUACAUAGUGUCUUCCCGUCAUCUUCUAGUCUAUCUGAUGCAUUACCUAUUGUGCCUAAUUUAAUAGCUUUAUCUGAUUUCAUGCCUGCAGUAUCCUCUCCGUUUUCCAUUAGAAAUGUCUCACAAUAUGUCAAUGUACCUUCUGCAUCCCUACACUGCUCAGCUUUUGGCAUUCCUGUCUCUUGUGAAUCCAACCCUCCAAAAUCGGUGACGGAACCUGUGCCUUUGGUUGAUACACAAGCAUCUGUCCCUAUUGUCUCGAUUCCCUUUGCAGCUUCUUCCCAAAAAGGGAAGGGAAAAAUUGUUUUUUCAGGUACCGAGAAAAGGAAGCAUGAGUCACUAGAUGACGUGGAUAUGUUCUCUCCCAAACUUCAACGAAAGAGUUCUCUUCUUCCACCAAGAGUCAAACGGUCACGAGCGAAAACCUUUGUCACAAACAUGUCUCCUUCGACCGCUACUGCUAAAAGUGCUCCAUCAAGCUCUCAGCCAUUGCUCAAAAAGAAUUACAGUCCAAUCUUGCUUGACAGUAACCUUAAAGCUGACUGGGAAGUUCAUUCCAAAAGGGAUUUGAUCAUUGAAAAAUUUAUUAAUGAAGAGGAUCUUCUCGCAAAGUGCAAUAUCCUUCCGCUUUUGAAAGAUCAACUUCUGUUUUCCAUGGACACCUUCACAAAUGGUUCGUCCCGGUUCCAUAAGGUUUUCAUCCGUAACCGAUGGUAUGCUUUUGGGCUUGCCGAGAUCAAUGCCUACCUAGAUCGUCCUUCUCAGGUCCAGUCUGUCGAUCUGGAUUUGAAUCUUCUUAUUGCUGUCCUCACUCACAAUAAACGGAUUGCCUGGCCUGAAAACGGUUUAAAAUCUCAAGAGUUAACCAUUGUGUAUUCGAUUUUGCUCCGCCUUGCCUCUGCCAAUUGGCUCCCUGCCGUCCGUGUACAUCACUUUUCUGAACAACUGGCACUACUACUCUACAAGAUUCGUAACCGUCUCACAUUUGAUCUCGGGGAAAUUAUCUUUUCUCAUAUUUUGGCUUAUCAUGUGAAAAAGAAAGAGGCCAAGAUUCACCUUCCAUAUCCUUGUCUCAUUUAUGGCCUGCUCCUUGCUCAAGGAUUUCGACCGUACAAUGAUGAACAGGUUACUAAAUCAGACAUCGCUUAUGUUUUUGAUGAUCGGCUUACUCAGUUUUCACACUAUGAUGACCGGGACUCUCUCUAUCCGUCAUCCGUUCCAACACCUCCUCUCUCCGCACCGGUCUUGUUGGUCCCAAAAGAGGUCUCCUUAUCCGAGAGUGAGUCAGCUCCGGUUACUGCCACCACUGCCAUCCCUAAGAAAUCUCCGACUCUCCUGCUUCGCAGUUCUAUUGCCUCUCAACAAGCCACGCUCUCGGGAUUUGAUAAGUUAUUGGAAGAGCAGCUGCGAGAGAUUUUCCGGCUUGAGACCAUUCAUGCCAAUAUCCUUGCUGCCAGUCGCAACCGUACAUCUGCUAUUGAUGAUGAUGCAACCUCUUCGGACUCGGGUACCCCAUCUGCACGUUAA